AAACGUCACCUUUCCUUUGGUGAGCAAGGUGUGUUCACGUGAGGUUGUGUGGUCCCUCAGAAAUAGGUCACACAAUCCUCAGAAUUUCGUGAAAUAUUCUUGUAAAAUAUAAAAAAAAAUUAUAAAAUUAACAAAAAUCCAAAAAAAUAGAAAAAAUAUUUAAAAAAUAACGGGAAGCACUUGUUUUUAAUUUAGUGUACGUAAGCGUGCAACGUGGUCUAAGGAAUGCGAUAGGAAAUCGUGAAGAGAAAGUGAAGCAGCUUUUUACUGUUAAUUGAUGAUCAUUAUAAUACGGUCCUACUAAAUACAUCAAAAUGAAUCCUGGACCGCCAAGCUAUCCCAUGGCUUCGCUGUAUGUUGGAGAUUUACACUCGGACAUAACUGAGGCCAUGUUGUUUGAAAAAUUUUCUACUGCUGGUCCGGUUCUUUCCAUUCGCGUGUGUAGAGAUAUGAUAACACGUAGAUCUCUAGGUUACGCUUACGUAAAUUUUCAGCAGCCUAUUGAUGCCGAAAGAGCUUUGGAUACUAUGAAUUUUGAUAUGAUCAAGGGCAGACCUAUUAGAAUUAUGUGGUCUCAACGUGAUCCAUCGCUGCGCAAGUCUGGCGUUGGAAAUGUUUUUAUUAAAAAUCUAGAUAAAACGAUAGAUAAUAAGGCUAUGUAUGAUACUUUCUCAGCUUUUGGCAAUAUUUUGAGCUGUAAAGUAGCUCAAGAUGAAAAUGGUGGUUCCAAAGGUUAUGGUUUUGUUCAUUUUGAAACUGAAGAGGCGGCUAAUAAAUCUAUUGAUAAAGUAAAUGGCAUGCUUUUGAAUGGCAAAAAAGUUUACGUUGGUAGGUUCAUACCACGCAAAGAACGUGAAAAGGAACUUGGAGAGAAAGCUAAAUUGUUCACAAAUGUUUACGUCAAAAACUUUGGAGAAGACUUCUCUGAUGAGUUAUUGAGGGAUAUGUUUGAGAAGUAUGGGCGAAUAACAAGCCAUAAAGUAAUGUAUAAAGAAGAUGGAUCCUCUAGAGGAUUUGGAUUUGUAGCAUUUGAAGACCCAGAUGCAGCUGAAAGGGCAUGUCUAGAGCUAAAUGGUAAAGAAUUAGUAGAAGGUAAACCACUCUAUGUAGGCCGAGCUCAGAAAAAGGCAGAACGCCAAAAAGAAUUGAAACGCAAAUUUGAACAGUUGAAAUCUGAGCGAUUGACUCGUUAUCAAGGAGUCAAUUUAUAUGUAAAGAACUUGGAUGACACUAUUGAUGAUGAAAGGUUACGCAAAGAAUUUGCACCAUUUGGAACUAUAACUUCGGCAAAGGUAAUGCUAGAAGAUGGUCGCAGCAAAGGAUUUGGUUUUGUAUGUUUUUCUUCUCCCGAAGAGGCAACCAAAGCUGUCACCGAAAUGAAUGGAAGAAUUGUUGGAACAAAACCACUUUAUGUAGCUUUGGCUCAACGUAAAGAAGAUCGUAAAGCUCAUCUGACUUCUCAGUAUAUGCAACGUAUGGCAAGUAUGAGAAUGCAACAAAUGGGCCAAAUUUUCCAACCAGGUAGCGCAGGAGGUUACUUCGUACCAACUAUUCCCCCUGCUCAAAGAUUCUAUGGGCCGGCCCAAAUGACCCAAAUACGUCCUUCAACAAGAUGGACAGCUCAGCCCUCUGUAAGACCAAGUACCCAGACUGCUGCUUCUGCUUAUCCUAAUAUGCAACCUCCCUUCCGCCCUGCGCCGCGAGGUCCAACUCAAACUGCUUUACGCACAUCAUUAGGAGCCAGACCAAUCACAGGCCAGCAAGGUGUAGCUGCUGCUUCAACCAUUCGUGCACCACUUGUUACAAGUGGGCGUUCAGCAGGUUAUAAAUACACUUCAAAUAUGCGCAAUCCUCCAGCUCCUCAGCCAGCUGUACACAUCCAAGGUCAAGAACCAUUAACUUCUACUAUGUUAGCAGCAGCCCCACUUCAGGAACAAAAACAAAUGCUGGGUGAACGACUUUUCCCUCUUAUUCAACGAAUGCAUCCUGACUUGGCGGGUAAAAUAACUGGUAUGCUUUUAGAAAUUGACAACUCUGAAUUGCUUCACAUGUUAGAGCAUGCAGAAUCCCUUAAGGCAAAGGUAGAUGAGGCUGUUGCUGUUUUGCAAGCUCACCAAGCUAAACAGCAAGCCACAAAGAAGGAUUAAGUUAGUCGAUUUGACACAAUGAUGGUGUUUUAUUUUGCUGUAUUCUUGUUUAUUUUAUGCUUUUAACAUCUUUAUAUGUAUAAUUAUAAGAGUCCCGAUCAUAAAAAAAUAUAUAAAUAAAAAUUGAAAAAUAAAUAAAAAUGUAGAAUGCACUUUUCCAACUUAUACUUUACUAUAACAUAUUGGAAGUGCAUAUCUGCAAACAAAAACAAAGCAACUCUCAACAUUUCUAUAUUAUAUAAAACAGUUCUGUUUAAAAGCAAUUUUGACUUUCUAUAUUGACCAAGAAGUUUGAUUUAAGUUAGUCUUAAUCUUUUCUUUAUUUCUCCCUUAAUGGAGUUGGCUUUUGUUCUUGCAAUUGUCUGUCUUUCUUUUUAUUUUCUUGUCAGUUAUGUCUGGUAUACCAUGUAAUGAAAGCUUGGUCUCCAAUGUGACUGAUUGUAAGUUGUACUAUUGUUACACAUUAUAUUCUGGAAUAUUCACAAUAAA